AAACGCCAUCUAGUAUAAUAUAUUUGUGUACAGAAACAGAUGCCAGAUGCCAACCUGUCUGUGUUGUUGUUUUGGCUUGGAUUUUCUAGGAAGCUGAAAGGCAUUGUGGGAGAUUUAAGGGCCGUAGGAGUAUACUCAGCAGAGUCAGCCAAGUGCUAAUGCCUUAACUGUACACACACAACACACACACACAGGGAGGAGGAGAGAGAACAGCUUUAGUGAGGAUUUUCUCUGUAUUAACCCUGAGAGGGGACAGAGAGCCAGCUGGAGCACAAGGACGACAGACCUGACUGUCGUGUCAAGAUAGACAACAGUUUUAUUUUACACAAAGCCACGGUGCAACAUGGGCAUUGGUUGCAGCAGUGAGAGUAAAGUGAGAUGCAGAGCAGGCUGAAGUCGGUUUUCUCAAGCUAAUGACUUCAAAGACUGGCACCAAAAGAAAGAAAGAAAUGUGGAAAAAGAAAAGCAAAAGGAGAGUGACAAAAAAAAGUGUUAUGGGUUUUGCAUGAAGAUGUCAGCCUGAGAGAGCUUCACCACCAGCUGUCCAAAGACCACAGAACGGAGCAGAAUGGGACACCCUAAUGUGCCACUCACAUACAGUUACACGCGUUCCCACAGGAACAAACGCAGAUCCAGCCAACUGCAACCUUACACACCAAACGACAACCUGAACAAUGCAUUAGGUGCCAUCAGAGUCCUUGGUUUGGAACUGAUUGAGGAUGAACUUAAACCACAUCUGAACACAGUCCUGGCCACCAUUAAGGAGAAGAAGAAUGGCGCCGCUGAGCAGGUGGUGAUCAGUGGGAUUCUGCCAAUCCUGGCCCUGUCUCUGAGGAGCAGAGGGCCCCUCACUCUGCUGACUGCAAAACUAGUGGCUGAACUCGCCAAGGAAUCUGUGGUUCGUAAAGGUUUUGGUGACGCAGGCUUGGUUACAGCUCUGCUGUCGGUGCUGACCAGUACAGACCAAGAACUGCUUCUUCACGCUGUAAGGGCAAUCUCAAGAAUGUCUUACGACAGCUCUAAGCAGCAGGAACUGUUAUUGCGUCGAGGUGCAGUGCCUCGUCUCGUUGCCAUCCUGCUUCGUUUUCCAGGUAAGGAGCCCCUGGAGGAAAUGUGUCUUCAGGCCCUGUGUAACCUCAGUGGCAUGGCAGUGGCAGAAGAGGCAGGGAUGGUCUGGGAGAGGGGCGUGUCUGUGAGGCCGGGGGAGUCUGUGUUUCAUGGCGUCUCUCCUCACACCUGUGGUUUCGCCUCCUCUGUGACUCUCGUGCGUGUGUCUCAGUGGGCACCAGGUCAAUACGCGGUCAACAUCGAGGUUUUCCAGCGCUGCUCCUCCUCCUUCUGGAACCUUCAUGGGAACAAACGGACUGCUCGUUGGUUCCCAUUCUCCAGCGAGGGGAUUUGUUCAAAUCUGUUCAAGCUGAUCAAGUUCUCUACCAGGAACGUUCCUCGGACAAAAAGUCUGAAGACUCGCAUGUUUCCACACUUUUCUCUGACAGCUGAAAUACUGCAAACAUGGUGGCCUAACAUCAAUCAUACAAGACUGAGUGGUUAGUAUAACUGAUGAUUGAUAUGCACCUAUACAUCAUGGGAAUGUUUACACACAAUAAACCUGGACAUGCUCACUUGGAUUCCUGUUCCUGUUGACUUUCAGCUUUUUGUUGGCAUUCCUUGGCUCAGUUUGUAAGUUAGAAAAGGACUUGUCAACAAUGCACUUAAGGUAAAACAGUUCAUACCAGUUCAUUUCAACUGAUUCAGCCUAUUACGGAACUAUUCCACAUAGCACUGUUUGUUAAAAUGCUGUUCAUCAAUAAAAAAAUUAGAUCUCUAAACAUGAAAACCUUAAAAAUAAAUGCUAUGAUGAUGUCCUUGCUAAUGAUUUGUUCACAAGUGCUUGAAAUAAAUGUGAAUUUCUGUUCUAAGCAGCAAUAUCAAUAUACUUUAAAUAAUAAAAUGUCUUGACAUUUAA